AUGCCUAUUGUAGGGUUUCAUGCUAAAGAGUACCCCGCAUAUGAUAAAGAAGUUUUUCCAUACAAUAUGGGCUACUGCCAAGUGGGGUCUAAUGUUCCUUACGAUGAUGGAAUGAAUUUAAGAAAUAUUUUAUGGCUUGCUCCAUUGCCAAGUAAUUCUACAAAAUCGUGGUUGGCACCAGGAGUUUUAGUAGUCUUGGAUGCACAUCCCAAAGGAAUCAUAUACCAAGAUCUCAUUCCUGAAUAUGUCCAUGUUGCAAGGACACUCUAUGAAGAUGAUUUUGGGGAAAGCCCAACUUCGAGAUCUUCAUUUGCUGACAACUCAGAGCAUCAGGGAAUAAUAUCUUAA